AUGACCUCGUUGUGGGAAACGCUGCCCGUCGCGGUAAUGGACGCCGCGCACUCGCUCCACAACGACGCCUUCCGGCAACUGCUGCCACGGUACCGCGGAUAUGAAUGCCAUACGGUACGGUUAUGGGCUCGCGGACGGGUAAAGGAGGUGGCAGAGGCGCCUGGCUCCGUUGUCUUCUUCCCGAGGCUCGUGUUGGUGCUGCUGUGGCGGCGGCGGCACCCCGUCGUGGUGCUGAGGGGGGCUGAGCACUUCACUAUUACGAGUUUGAGUACCUUCAAGAGCUGCGAUUACUGGCGGGUGCCUGAGGCAAAUUUCUUGCGAAUCUGUGUAUGGCAAGGAGCAGAGAUAUGUCUAGCAGAAGAUAAGGAGAAACUGCAGUAG